UAUGCAAAUUCCGCUUUUGAGAUAGUGAAAUUACAUCCAACGCACCUCUUUUUCAAUUUCUUCUUACAUUUUUUAUUUUCGCCCACAAAAAGGAAGAAGCGCAUAAACAGAAGGUAGAAGAAGAGCAUAACAGAUGAUAUGAGAAAGAAAUUGGGGUUGGGUGCUGAGGACAAGUGAAGACAACGAUGAAUUCAAGUCAUCCAGCUGUGCAUCCAUUAGCGGUGUCGCAAACAGAUGUUGUGAUUGCUCCGAGGGUGAGAAUGAAGGAUUAUCAAGGAAUGCCCGGAACACUUGGAGGUCUUUCACUCAGACUAGGGCAGUUCUGUUUUUCUGUUGCGGCCUUUUCCAUCAUGCUAUCCAUUGACGACUUCUCUACUGUCACUGCUUUCUGUUAUUUUGUGGCAGCAACAGUCUUGCAAUGCUUAUGGAGCUUAUCUUUAGCAGUCAUUGAUGGAUAUGCAUUGCUUGUGAAGCGCAGCCUACGGAAUUCACUUGUCAUCAGUCUCUUUGUUGUUGGUGAUGGGGUUACUGGGACAUUGACUUUUGCUGCUGCUUGUGCUUCUGCUGGUAUUACUGUUCUUAUUGGAAAUGAUUUGAGGCAGUGUGAUCAUAAUCACUGUGCAAAAUAUGAAACUGCUACAGCUAUGGCAUUCUUGAGUUGGUUUAUGGUCACACCGUCUUUUCUUUUGACUUAUUGGUUAUUAGCAACGAGGUAAAUCUUUGGGUUAUUUCAUUGAUAACGACCACUUACCGCUAAAACUUUGGAAUGGGAGCUUUACAUUGCUUGAAAGACUAACAAAAACAAUACCUUGUUGAGAAGAUUUCUAUUUCGAGAUGUAUCUGUUGAAAAUUUUGAUGUGCAAAAUGUUUGAAGGCAAUGUAGAAGUGCACUAUGCUUGUGCAAAUUCCAUAAUUGUAAAGUUACAUACAGCUCUGUUAAAUUUCAAAUGUGAAUUCACAACACCGUGGAACAUGUUUGUGUUCA